AUAUCGAAACCAAUACUAACCACCUAUUUCUUCAGUCUCCUUCCACAGACAGAAAUCUCCUCGCCAGCUGAAAUGGCGAAUGCGUCGUCGUUUUUAAGUUCAACUACAUUUCACACCAACACCAAUAUCUCCAGAUUCUUAACUCCCAAAUUGAAAACAACUAGAACAGUUACUGUAUCCGCCAUUCCGCCGUUCACCGUCGCAUCCGCCGCCGAAUUCUCCUCACUCGACGGGACAACCCUAGCCGUCAUCAGCGGAGGCUCCGUUGCUGCUCUAGCUGCCGCAAUCUCCCUCACUGACCCCGAGCGCCGGCGGAAGCUGCAAGCGGAUGAAGUCGGAGGCGGAGACAAGGAGGUAGUCAGAGAGUACUUCAACAACACUGGAUUCCAACGGUGGAAGAAGAUCUACGGUGAAACAGACGAAGUUAAUCGAGUUCAACGUGACAUUAGGUUAGGCCACUCAAAAACCGUCGAAAACGUGCUACAAAUGCUGAAAGACGAAGGCUCACUCAAAGGAGUAACCGUCUGUGACGCCGGUUGUGGUACCGGAAGCCUCUCAAUUCCGCUAGCAAAAGAAGGCGCCGUCGUCUCCGCUAGCGAUAUCUCCGCUGCUAUGGUCGCCGAGGCUGAAAAAAACGCGAAAGAGCAGCUUCAAUUAGCGACUGAAAAUGCGCCGGUGUUACCAAAAUUUGAAGUUAAUGAUCUGGAGAGUUUAAACGGGAAAUACGACACCGUCGUGUGCUUAGAUGUUCUGAUACAUUAUCCACAGAGUAAAGCGGACGGAAUGAUUGCUCAUCUCGCCUCAUUAGCGGAGAAUCGAUUGAUUUUAAGUUUUGCGCCGAAGACAUUUUACUACAGUUUGUUGAAGAGGAUCGGCGAGUUGUUUCCGGGGCCGUCGAAGGCGACGAGAGCGUAUUUACAUGCGGAGGGUGAUGUGGAGAGAGCGUUGAAGAAAGUUGGGUGGAAGAUUAGAAAACGAGGGCUGACUACUACUCAGUUUUACUUCGCUAGGCUUGUUGAAGCUGUUCCUGAAUGAAAUGGAGGGAGAGGUUAGAUUUGAAGUUUUGCUUGCAUUUUGAGUUCAAAAAUCUAAAAUUCAGAGGCAGUUUUUGGCUGUUGUUUUGUAAAAUGUGAAUUUUCAAUGUAUUUAACUGCUGUAUGUAUUUUCACUGUCUAUUAAGACUAACAUGUAAUGAUAAUCAAAACGUAGUCGAGUUGGUAA